AUGGAUGACAAGCCAUACUCAGUCUUCACUCACAAUGAAAAAAAGAUCAUUGUCAUUUGCGCAGGACUGUGUCAGUUCUUCUCUCCGAUCUCAGGUCAAAUAUACUUCCCAUCGCUCGAUGCUAUCGCACAUGAUCUCCAUGUCUCGUAUAGUCUGGUCAACUUAUCAAUCACGACUUAUCUAAUCAUGCAAGGUAUCGCGCCUGCAUUCGUAGGCGGUUUCUCAGACAGCUCAGGGAGGAGACCAACAUACCUGGUCUGCUUCAUCAUCUAUAUGGCUGCCAACAUCGGCCUGGGUGUCCAGAACAACUACGCCGCACUGAUGGUACUGCGAAUGCUCCAGAGCGCAGGUGGCAGCGGCACCGUGGCACUCUCGAACGCAGUGGUGUCCGACAUCGUCACAAGUCAAGAGCGUGGCACUUAUAUUUCAUACAUAUCCAUUGCUCCUCAAGCCGGACCUUCGCUUGGUCCCAUCAUCGGUGGUCUUUUGGGACAGUAUCUAGGCUGGCAUUCCAUCUUCUGGUUCUUGCUUAUCUGCACGGGCGUGAUUCUCAUUCCAGUUGCUCUUUUCUUUCCAGAGACCUGCAGGAAAGUCGUCGAUGAUGGUUUGAUACCGCCUCCUAAAUGGAGCCGUUGUUACAUGAACACAUGGAUCGAGAAAAGACUCAUUGGCGAAGGGAAUGCCAUUCCAUACGAGAAGCGGGACGAGCUCGCCAGAAAGAGGAAGAUCAGAGUCCCGAAUCCUUUGGAGACGGUUAAAAUUGUCUUCACGAAAGAAGCUGGUUUUAUUCUGGGAUAUAUUGGCAUUGUGUGCUGUACUUACUAUGCUACAAUUGCUCUUCUGCCCUCCCAGUUCGGAACAGUUUAUGGGUUCAACCAGAUCCAGAUUGCGCUCUGUUACCUGCCUCUCGGCUGCGGGAGCCUGCUCGCUUCGCUUGUCAGAGGAAGGAUCAUCGACUCGAGAUACAAAGUUCACGCCAAACGUCUGAAUAUGCCACUGGAAUACAAUCGUCGUGUCGAUCUGAGCAAUUUUCCUAUCGAGAGGGUGCGCUUAGAGGUCGCGGUCCCCACUUUAGCUCUCGGCACAGCGUGCACCAUCGGGUUCAGGUGGAUGAUUCAAUACAAAGUCAAUCUUUCCGGUCCAUUGAUCUUCCUCUUCGUCAUCGGCUUCUGCACCAGCUCAUCGUUGAAUAUCGUCGCUGUUUUGCUCAUCGAUAUCUAUCCCGGCAGCGCUGGUUCGGCGGCAGCGGCUAAUAAUCUUGUUCGUUGCUGGCUAGGUGCUGGAGCAACCAGUGGUGUGGUGCCUAUGAUCAAUAAGAUUGGGAUCGGGUGGACAACUACGUUCUUUGGCCUUCUGAAUGUUGUGUUUGCUCCGAUCCUAUGGUAUGUCAUGAAGAAUGGUCCGAAAUGGCGGCGCGCUACCAAGAAGAGGAAAGAGAGGGAGCAAGCUAAGCGAGACGCGAAGACUGAUGUGGGAGGAGAAAAGGGGGGCCAAUGA